UAGUUACUGCUUCGGCAGAGGAAGCUUUGUCUGUAAACGUUGUGAACAAACGAACAAUCUUCUGGUUCCAAAGGAACAUAUUUGUCCUAAAUGAUUGAAAUUUUUGAUGAUCCAUUCGAGAACGAUUUGGAUGGCAGUGACUUACCAAGCGUCGACUGUUUGCUGCCGAUUCUUCACCAAGUAGUGUUUGACGAGGGAAGCUAACUUCAACGAUAACUUUUCCGAGGGUUUCAAAAUCCUCAACUAGAACUGGUUUUAUCACGGGAAGAUUUAACAAAAUACGGGUUAAUAGUUAGAUUAAAUGGACUGACGAAGAAAUGAAGAAAGAGGCAAUCGUGAAGCUCAUUCAGAAAGCAUCCAGUUUCAAAACAGCAGUAAGAAUGGCCACUGAAAACGAUGUAGUGGAGACAGCCUUAGCCACACCUGGGACUGUAUUUGGUAAAGUCGAUCACAUUCUGUGGGCGAUCGCUGAUGCUAAGAACAACAAAGCUCAUCUCAUGAAGUUUGUGCCUAUUGUUAAACAGUUAACAAAGGUAUUGAAUGGGGCAGAUGCCACAUUUAUUCGCCACUCUGAAUUUUAUCACGAUUUGAAAGAGACCCUAAACAAAAUCGAACAGCAGAUCAUUGAAUCCAAAACAAGAAACAAGUGGUCGAAUAAGCUGAUGGCGAAAAAAGACCUAAAGGUACUGGAAGAGAUAGAGCAACACGUUGAGCAUCUUAUAACCAGAAUUGUCUUUGCAUUUGCCCAACGAGCGAAAUUCAUGAACAUGGCUAGGAAGAAAAAACACACAGGUCUGAAACAACCUCUCGACAUCUCAAGCAUCGAGGAAGAAGACGAAAAUGAAUGUGGCAAGGCUGAAGAUCUUAAAGAACCAGAAAGAUGAUUUCGUUACUAAAAACUUAAUUUAUUGAAGAACUACUUUGACUUUUUUCUAUUUUUGCAUAUUUGAUAAGCGUCGUGGUUUCGUCGUUGGCCAGGCAAACUAUACAUGUUACAAAAAUUCACCGAAUUUAAAUAUCUUAUCGAUAUAAGCAGCGGCGACAUCGUAAUUUUUAACAUUUCUUUCUAAUAAAUUAGUUUUCCAUAGCAAUAGUAGCUAGAAAUUGUUUUACACAGUAUUAUAAUACUUAAAAUAGAAAUAUCCAAUUCUCAAUGAUGAGGCACUGCACUUCUUAUUAAUAGUUGGACAAAACCCAAGUUUGCUUGCUUUGGUUAAUAGAUGUAUGAUGCAAACCAUGUCUCUGAUCCUUUAUAUGGGCUUCAACUACAUUCAUGUAAGCAUUUCAGUUUUUGUACUUAUACAUCUGAUCUUGAAAAGGUUGUCCACCUAUAAAGACAUUUACAAUGUUCCAAUUGUCAAAUCUCUUGAUAUACCGGGAUAUUCAGCUUCUGCAUGUAAUCAUGUUUCUGCAUCUCUAUAAUUGUCCUUAAAGAUAAUUAAAAUUUCUAAACUUUUAAACAUGCCUGACAUACCAGAUUAUUUGACACAAAUGGAAAGUGAAUAUUUUCAUAAUUUACAUGGUAAGAAUUGCUGUAUACACAUAUACAUGUACAUAAAUCAUUGAAAUAAUAAACCUCUUUACCUUC